AUGAGUAAUACUAACUCUCCACCUUGGAUUGACGUGGAGGUUCGCCAUUUAAUCCGAAAGAAAUACACAGCGCUGAAGAAAUAUCGUUUGGUCAAGUCAGAUGCUCGAAAGUUGAAACUACGUACUUUAAGUAAAAAAAUCAAAUAUGCUAUCAGACGAAAACAUAGCGAGUAUUUAGCCAAAAUUGAAGCCUCUUUUAAAGAUAACCCUAAACUUUUCUGGAGUUAUCACAAAGCUAUCCUUCACCACCGAGAGAAUCAGAGUCCUAAGAUCACAUACAAUGGUACUACAGCCAAGACAGCAGCUGCAAAAGCAGAACUUUUUAACACGUAUUUUUCCUCGGUAUUUCUGCCGCCAAAAUCUAAUGUUAGUCCUGAUGUAGAUGAUAAUUCAUCUCCUUUAAGCACUAUCAUGCAAUUUUCGGACAUUACACUCGGUGUUGAAGAAGUCGAGGCUUGUCUUCACGAUCUUGAUACGUCAAAAGCAUGUGGUCCAGACGGCAUUCCAUCACGCCUAUUGAAAGAGUGCAGCCAGGAAAUCGCACCCAGCGUCUGUGCACUGUUCAACCAAUCUUUAAAUAUUGGUCGAAUUCCUUCUGAGUGGAAAUCAGCUAACGUGACGCCAAUCCACAAAAAGGAUUUAAGAGAACUUGCAGAAAACUAUAGACCGAUUUCGUUGUUGCCAAUUCUCGGAAAGGUCAUGAAACGCUGCAUUUGUAACAAAUUCUACGGUCAUUUCAAGCAGCUCGUUACCAAGUUACAACAUGGGUUUUUACGAGGUCGCUUGUGUGUCACACAGCUUCCUUCAGUUCUCCACUCAAUCCGACAAUGCCUUGAUAAAAACGUCCAAACAGAUGUUCUUUACCUUGAUCUCGCCAAAGCGUUUGACUCUGUCGAUCACCAAAUUCUUCUUGAAAAACUGAAAUCCUAUGGUGUUACGGGUCAACUACAUAACUGGUUUGUUGACUACUUAAAAGACCGUUCUCAAAGAGUAGUAGUGGAUGGUGUGGCAUCUCAAUGGGCACCCGUUACAUCUGGAGUGCCACAAGGUAGUAUUUUAGGACCAAUGCUCUUUGUGGUGUUCAUUAAUGAUCUUCCUGAUUCUAUACCAGACAAAACAACUGCUGCUUUAUACGCAGAUGAUACUAAGUUGUACAGAAGCAUCGUAUCAGUAGCUGACUGCGAAGAUCAACAGCAGGCUCUGAAUAACCUUGAUACAUGGAGCAGUGUCAAUAACCUUAAAUUUAAUGCAUCUAAAUGCAAGGUGUUGACCGUGACAAGAAAGAGAAGUCCAAUAUUACACACUUACCAACUCGGUUCUAAGGAACUGCUUCGUGUGGGGCAAGAAAAAGAUCUCGGUGUUACUUUAACUAGUAACCUCUCUUGGGACACCCAUAUUAACGUUAUCGUCGCCAAAUCCAACAAGCUGCUGGGUUUAUUAAAGAGAACUUGUCCCUUGUUGACGGACGUUAAAGUUAGACGUACGCUGUAUCUGUCACUCGUUAAAUCACAAGUCAGCUACGCCACAGAAGUUUGGUCUCCAGUCAACAUACAUCUCAAAUCAAAGGUUGAGAAAAUUCAAAGAAGAGCUACCGCUUGGAUUCUGAAAUCCAAACAAGGCGAGAUACCUUACCAACAGAGGCUGAUAGCUCUUAACCUAUUGCCACUAUGUUACGACAGGGAAAUUAAGGACUUG